AGCAAAACUGUCGAAAAUUGAAAGUGUGACAUCGGCGACAUGCUGUGCUUGUCGUCCAUUUGGCCAAAUGAAUCACCGUCAAAAUUCUCCGUGGUAAUGUUUUUUAGGUACAUCUUCAAAUUCGUCGUACGAAACGACCUCUGAAUUGGAAUGACUUGAUGUCUAGACAGUCUGCAAAAGUGGCAACUGCAAGUAGCAGUGAGACAGUAGCAAAAAAUGGCAAUGCUGAAAAGGAAGGAACUGACAAAGGAAUUGAAACAGAGACAAAAACAACUGCGAAGGAAAAUGGUAACGUUAAGAAAAGUGGGCAACAAAUUGUGGCAGAGCGUUUUCCGGAGAAAGGCAACGAAUCUAUUCUUACUCUCACGAAGAUGGCAGAAGACAUGUCGCAAAUCCUGGAAAACCUAAACGUGAACCUGAGUAUGCUCAAGAAGAAGGAUGAUCUUGCUGACAUCGAACCAGAAUUGGAGAAUUUAAUUCAUAAAAAACAGUCGACACUCUUGCUAAGCCAACAAUCAGAACCUGUUAGGAAGACAGACAAUAAUCAGAACAAUCAAAAAAUAGAUAAAAACCCACAAGGGCAACAGAAAUGCAAGGAUCAAGCUGGUACUUCGACACCGAAAACUCUAAAUGUAAAAGGAAGGCCACAUAGCUCACCGCCUGUACUGAAAGCCCAGAAAACUCCAGUGCCUCGUCCACAUAGUCCGGUCCUAAACAAUGCUACAAAACUCAACGUGCCAGCAGGUGCUCAACACAGAAGCCGAAGUGCUGCUGGUAGAGAUGAAAGCAAGAGAUCAGGGAACGGUAAAAUUUCAACCACGAGCAUCAGAAGCCCUUCCCUAGGGAGCAGAAAUCGUCAGGUUGCCAGAAAGACAGACAAAUCGAGCAGCGUUGCAGUUGCACGAAAGGAAGAUCGCAGUCCCAUCGUGAACACGUCAGUGGGUUCCAGCGAUCAAAAUCUGCCAGUAUCGGUCAGGAGCAGUCCUGCCAGAGACCGGGGGAGUUCUUUCGCAUUCUUACAAGGAAUAAAGAACAUGCUUCCAAAUCCUUCCAAUUUCUUAGCAUCAGUAAGAGCACAUUCUGCGUCUAGAUCUAUGGACAGGGAAAGUUACAAUCCUCUAGGUUCAAUAAGAGAUGAAGUAAAAAUGGCUAUCAAGAAUAACAAAACGUUUACGAUAAAAGGUUCUUACCCUGGUGUCCGAAGAUCACUGUUGAAGAGAGGAUGGGUUGAAAAGAUACAUGUUGCUUACAGGUACGAAUUUAAGAUACUUAAAAUUUAAAUCUUCUCAACGCAGAAAUUUAAAUCUUAUAAGGCCAAAAGAAGAAACAUUUUACUUCAUAUACCGAUAUAACCACAAACGGUACAUAUAGAUACCUCGACCGGAUAGGAUGAACGUCAGUUCAAAGUCAGUUCUAAGAACAUUUUUAAAGUUUACAGGAGAUCGGCUGAGCAACGAGAUGAAAAAAUUCCAAAGCUACUCAGUUACUGAACUAGUUAGGUUACUGCACAAUAAGGACAUAUCUGAGAUCUGUAGAAGACUGAUAAAAUCCAAGUUGCUCAUAAACCAUCAAGUUGACCUGUAUUGGAGUACCAAUUAUGAACCAUUCAGAGAAUGUAGUGAUAAAGUGAAGCAAACUUUGAUCAAUCGGAUAAGAAGGGCUGAAUUUGCUUACACUAGCAAACAAGGUCUAUGCGAAGCCGCAAAACGCUCGUUUUGGUGCCAGAUCCCAGGAGUGGCUCAACUGAAUCAUCCUCGUUCUUACGCGUUGAUAAAAAAUACACACGGAGACACGGAGGAUUUCAUCGGGGAUUUCAACGUCACAGCUGCGAUGUCAAUGUUGAAAUGGGUGAAGAUCAACAGUGACAGUGGCCAAGUGAAAAUCGUUAGCCCAGCUGGGAAGAUACCUGUCAAGAUAUUCGAUUUUGCUGUAAUGGAGUGUUAUAAGUUCAUUAAAAAGUCAAGACAUGAAGAUAUCGACUUCGAUAUCGAGGAGGCGCUUAGUCACGAAUGGAGCGAAUUCUUAGAGCACUUCUACAAGCUGGUCCAUGUAGGAAAUCAUUUCAAAGCGGUAUCAUAUGUUGAAGAGGCUAACAUGGUGAGAAAGGCCAAUUAUAUCCUUGAACAACUAAAUACAUAUUGGCCGUAUCUGGACAUGGACGGUAUCAUGAAUAUUUGGAUCUUGAAGCCGACCAAUAGCAGUCAAGGAGUUGGAAUCCAUAUGUGCAGGACCUUAAAAUACGUUUUGGAUGUAAUCAAGAAAAACCCGAACAGGAGAUACGUUAUCCAAAAAUAUAUCGAACGUCCUCUUUUGAUCCAUAACACGAAAUUUGAUAUCAGGCAAUGGUUUUUGAUCAGCAGUCCAGUUCCUCUAACGAUUUGGUUUUACAAACAAUGUUACGUCAGAUUCAGCUCACAAACCUUUAACUUAAGGAAACUUCACGAAUCCAUCCAUCUGACCAAUAACUCAGUCCAAUGCAGGUACAACAAAAAUACUAGCAGAGAUAUCACGUUGCCGUGGUAUAACAUGUGGGACUGCAAUCAAUUCAAAAACUAUUUGUCAGACAUUGGCUUCCCUCAUGCUUUCGAAAAGAUCAUCUACCCUGGCAUGAAGCAAAGUAUAAUAGCGGCCAUUUUGUUGAAUGAAGAGAAAAUCGAGCCUCGCAAGAACAGCUUUGAGCUCUACGGGGCUGAUUUCAUGAUCACCGAAGACUUCAAACCGUGGCUUCUAGAGAUCAACUCUAGCCCUGCAUUAUAUGCUUCUACUCCUGUCACUGCCAAAAUGUGCCCUGUUGUACUCGAGGAUGUUAUUAAAGUGAUAGUCGACCACAGUAGAAACAACAACGCCAGCACCGGCCUGUUCGAGCUUGCGUACAAAGGCCAGUAAGAUGAGCCCGAAGCGCAGCCUACGUCGAAAUCUUUCACUCAUGAACCAGACCACUAAAGAACAUCCUGAACUGUAUCUGAACCGGAUCAGCAUAGCCAUGAAACAGAUGAUGGAGAAGAUGCUGGAGGUGUUGAAAGAGAAGAAGCAGAGGCGGAAGAAUAGGAAAAGUAAGGGCGUCGAGACCACUUACGUUAGAGCAGCUAUUGAUACACAGACCAGUUGUUGUGAAGCGAAGGAAAUUUUGCUGAACGAUAUUAAUUUGGAACUGUACCCGGAGAUGCAACGUCUUGCUGAGACGGAAAAACCAUCAACUGAGAUUAUGCAAAUAAUAAAUAAAUAAUAAUGAUUACGUUGUUUUAAAUGAGAUGUGCAGCCUACGUCGGAAUCUCUCACUCAUGAACCAGAUCCUAAACUGUAUUUGACCAGGAUCAGGGAUAGCAAUGACACAGGUGAUGGAGAUGUUAAAAGAAUAGACAGAAGAGUAAAGCGUCAAUACCACUUGCGUUAGAGAGGCUAUUGAUACACAGACCAUUUUGUUGUGAAGAAAGAGAAAUUGCACUGAAAGAUAUCAAUUUGGAACUGUACCCGAAGAUGCAAUGCCUUGUUGAAACCCAAAAACUAACUGAGAUAUAUACAAAAAAUAAAAAAUCAAUGGACAAUGUUGUUUUAUUAUUAUUAUCCAAACUUCCUUAUUAAAUAGACUGUAU